AUGCUUAUCUUUCUCUCUGUCUUUGGACCCGAAGAGACUGUGAGGAAGGCUUCGGAGUGUGGAUCCGGUGGGUUGGUCGCCGUCAAAUGGCGCGGCGCGGCGCGGCAACUUAAUCAGAUAUUGAAUUCGUUGCAGCCAUAUCAGAGCCUCUUAAAUCUACUUCAAGCUCAGGAGCAGAUUGGGGUUUUUGCAGCCGCCACACUCCUCUCUGAAAGAGUAGUCAUCUCUUUCGUUGAUGCUUCAAAGAACCCUAAUCUCGUGGCAUUCUCCCAUCCGUGCUGUUGUUUUUCGACUGCCGAUCUUAUCGUUGCGAUGGAUCUGAGCCUCGCCGAAUUCGUACCUGAAUAUUUCGUUGCCGACGAUGUCUUAACGCAGCAUUUGGCAGAGGUGUAUGGAGUUAGAGAAGGGAAGAGCGGUUUCCCGAUCCUCGAUGAACACAUGAUUUUGGAAUUUGGCAUGCAUUAUGCUUGA